UUUCUCAGACAUGAUGGCGUUAUAGUUAAUGCAUUGACGAAGAAAGUUUUCACUUCUACCGCCCGGGCUGUCUCCAGCUCCAUUUGCAAUCACUUGCUGAACCUCCCCGAAGAACUUCCUCCCACACGUCUACCAUACACGUCAAGUACACGGCUGAAUGGUGAAAAAUAAUGAACUGGUUACCACAAGUAAAAGUUCGACUUCAGGAGAAAUGAAGAAUUAAAGGCGAGAAUGAUUCCGUCAGAAAACCUCACGAACAUUAUCACCACAAAGAGUUAUAAUGCUUACGAACAGUUCUACUUGGAAGCGCGUUCCAUCACCGGUCUCGUAUGUUACCCAAUCGCCUGCUCAAUCGGCCUUAUAGGAAACACAAUGAGCAUUAUCGUGAUGACCCAAAAGCAAAUGCAGUCCUCGACAAAUAUCUACCUCUUGGCUUUGGCCUUUUCUGAUAGCAUAAAACUCAUCAACGACUUUCUCUAUUUCAUCGUCAUAUUACUGAUGGAGAUAGACAAACGCACAGGAGAGUCUUUAUAUCAAGGUUUAUAUCCUUACGCCCAUUAUAUAUUCAAUACGUCGUUAUGCAUAUCGGCGUGGAUCACCGUAUCUGUCGCAGUGGAACGAUAUGUUUACGUGUGUAAACCACUCUACGUGAAAUCUUACUGCACUAUUCACCGCGCCCGCAUUAUAACUGUAUGUGUUUACUUCUUUAUGAGUAUGCUAUCCAUACCAUAUGCAAUGAGAUACCAGUCUUUUGAAGUGUACGAUAAUAGAACAAAUCAGACUUUAAUGGAUAUGUCAGUCACGAAACUCUGGCAAAACAAUGUCUUCUCCAGGGCUUACACUUGGUUUCAAAACCUCAUUCGUUCAGUAAUUCCGCUCUUAACUUUAAUAGUAUUAAAUACUUGUAUAAUGUGUGGUAUUAGGCGUUGUAAACUAAGCAAAUCCAAGAAUAUGAGACGAUACCGCAUUACCAUCAUGUUGGUCUGUGUUGUCUUGGUAUUCAUGGUUUGUAUAUCGCCUGAUGCCAUCAUGUCCACCAUCCUUGGUUUUGGAUAUAUCGAAGAAGAUUAUUUAACUCGUGGCAUUCGCGAGAUAACCGAUCUAUUACUUCUUAUUAACUCAGCGGUGAAUUUUAUACUCUAUUGCAUAUUCAACACGAUAUUUUGGAAGAACUUCUUACAUAUUUUCUGCGCUAUUUGUAUAAAAAUCUACUGCCCUCACCACCAGAUGAACGUCUCCACACCAUCAAGACAACUGCAAAGCAAUGUGUACAGAGAAGUUCAGCUAGCUACAUUUCCAGGAACACAUCAUUUUAAAUUGGUGUCUGUCAAACGAGGCAAUGGAGAAAUAUAUGAAGAAAUGCAAUCAAGCUGACACCGAUUCGUUUAAUUUCAUCAUUCCAUUUACUACUACUACUACUACUACUACUACUACUACUACUACUACUACUACUACUACUACUGCAACUACUAUUGCGGAGGCUGGACUAGAGUUAGAUAAGUUGAAGAAAAGCAGCUGUGCAGGAGAAAUCAAAAGGUGGUCAAGAACAACAAAAAGAUGAUGAUGAUGAUGAUGAUGAUGAUGAUGAUGAUGAUGACAACAAGGAUGAUGGUUAUGAUGAUGGUGGUGUUGUUGCUAGGGGAAUAUAUAAUGAUAACACAGAAAUGGUUGUGUGUUGGAAAGAGGAAGGCAACAUAUAUAGAUAUGCUAAAUUAAUCGGAUUACUCCUGUAGAUACUGUAAAGAUCAGACUGCUGAGAAGUGAUCCGCCACAUUUCACUGUCUAAUCAUUCACCUUAGGUAAAAGUGCAUCCGGUUCAUUUUAAUUCUCUCCUUCUCUUGCUCGAAGUGGACAGAAAGCCAGUAUAAGGUCAGCUUAACACACAAAUUUAAGACAGAUAUGAAGAGCCCUGUGGAGUAGAAGUUUAUAAUAGCUGAAUCUACUUUCUGGUUUCUAUUAUCACUUGUAUAUAAUACAAUUUUCUUGAUAAGGUAUGAAUAACAGCAAUAAAAUGAGAAGUUGCAUUUUGAA